AUGCAUCGAGUGAUUUUCAGCGAGUCAGAAUGGAGAACAGAUCAGGAGCGUCGGGCGAAGUAUUUGGGAACAGCGAAAGUCAAGAUCAACCAGAUACUACUACCCUUGGAAUAUGAUCAAGACAAAGUGCAAGGCUUACGAGACUUAUUCUACAGACAGGACUGCGACCGACUUUCUCCGCGGAAUCAUGUUGUCGCGGUGGUAUCCAAAGAGAAGCUGUUGGCCACCUGCUACAAUAGCCAUAUGAAUAUUGAAGCAUUAAUCAAUAAUCGUUCGGAUAGCUAUCACCAGCUUGACUUUCCUAUUGGGCAAUUGGAGUGCCUUCAAGGACAGCACCGUCUCAGGGCCGGAAAGGAAUACUUAGCUCCUUCAGAUCAGUGGUGGACGGUGAAUUUGUAUGCAGACGAUAUCAGUGACGAGUUGCGAACUGAGUUAGCCGAAGAAUAUUCCAAUGAAAAUGCACCAAGUGACGGCGAGAUCUAUCGUAAAAUUCGACAAUACCAGUACGAAGCCAGUGCUCGCUUUGAGAAACGGUGGUGGGAUCGGUUAAGCCCAACUAAAAUGAAACGGCUACGGCAGCUUUCACAGCCAGAACAUGCGUACAUUCGCUCGGCCUUUGACGCAUUACUUCCCAUUCCUGGCCUGUGGAAAGGCUUGAGAAUCGGGAAUCUUUCCCGGGUUCUUGCGUUGAAAUGUGAAGAGGAGAUUGUCCAUUACCUACACUUUGUGAAGAACUUCUGGUCUUCGCUCGUACAUGAUGACGAGACUCAAAUGAAUAAGAUCGACAGUAUGACAGUGGAAAGACUUCAACUUUUGGCUCCCGGAAUUUCGCCAGGCGACCGUAAAGUAGUUCAAGGCCUGGUGCUGAGCGGCCAGGUGUUCGAUCCAUAUGGAAUCUUUUUCAAAGACAUGUCAUAUCUGGAGGCUUGCGCGAAUUGUAUGAAACGACUAGUGGUUCUUCCCAAACCUGGCUUCACAAUCUACUCGGCAAUGAAAGCGUCCUACCAGGGAGAGGAUGAUAAUGUGUCGUACGUCAUUCAGGAUUCGGAGACGAGUUUUCGACGCUGCUUGGGAACUGUUCAUGACCGCCGAGAUUUUGGAUACCGACAACUGUGGUUAUUUGCAAUGAGACAUUACCCCAUGAUGCCGAAGGCUUCUGAGAGCAAUGAUCUCCUCGCAGCAGCCAGAUACGAGGAUGCGGACGAACGCAUCAUUCAUAAUAUGGCAAAACUUGCUACCCGUCUAGGUUUUGCAUCACCCCUGAUUGACCAGAUUCUACAGCAAUCCCCAGAUCGACAUCUAGCUCGUGCAGCACUGUUGAAAGCUAGAGAACCAAGUUGCUACCGCUAUGAGACGCUCGAAGCUCUCGUUACCCGCAUUACCAAAUGUUUUGAUGAAGCUGUCCCUGUCAAUAGUCAGCCAGAACGCCAUCACUUUGCCCCACGAACUGUACCACUGCGUACUAGAUGCGGAAAACCUCGUCUUGAGGAUCACGAGGAGGAGCAGAGCUUUCUCUUCCUAGACCAGAUUCAUACAGAAAUAGCAGCAGACAACGUGGUCUCUGCAUUUUAUGUGAGACAAUGCGUCUAUUUCGCCUUUUUCGGAAAGACUCCUGUAUCACCACAUGUUGGGGGAGACGAAAUUACCCCCCCAUCUUCUCUUUUUGUGCCAGAUAGUAGCCAAGAUAGGGGGAUUAUCCAAUGCAGAUCGUCGAUCCUUUCUGAUUCAGUGCGAAGUUCUCAUGCCAGGGAAGAUGCCGAGCAGAUAAAGCAACGGCAACUGAACCAAGAACGCCGCGUAAGGCGUCGCCAACGAAAACAAGAGCGAAGACAAUCUGAAUGGCAUUGGAAUCGAGACGGUCCCAGCAGAGUGCCGACUUGGGAGAUGAAUGAUACAGAAUCCUUCCAGGAGCGACCUUUGCCAAGCUGUAAUCCUAGGAGUGGAAGAACUUCGGCCCUUGGACCUGUGGAUGAAGCGCUGGGUCUGAAUGAUGUCGACUCUGAAUCGAUACGAUUUGAUAGCUCGGUUACAGAAGGUCGCGAAUAA